AUGCCCAAAUCAUUCCCUGCCCUCGUCCUAUUCCUAAUUCCGAUCUUGAUUCUGGUCCGACCACACCAUGCAUCAGUGGAUUUCGUUCGUCCAUCUUCACGACCCAUUGUUAUCACCCCUCACAAUCGUCCCGAAUCUCAUCCACAACAGGUGCAUAUAUCUUUGGUUGGAAAACAUUACAUGAAAGUUUCAUGGGUGACCGAGGGAAACGGCGGUGUGAUGUCUACAGUCGACUACGGUAAAUGUCCUGGGGUAUACGAGUCGUCUGCAACUGGGGAACACACAUACUACAACUAUUUUCUGUAUAGAUCAGGUAAGAUUCACCAUGUCACAAUCGGGCCACUUGAUCCAGCAACAACUUAUUACUACAGAUGUGGUGGGUUGGAGCCAGAGUUUAACUUUCGUACACCGCCUGCUACAUUUCCUAUCGAGUUUGCAGUUGCAGGUGAUCUUGGACAGACAGAAUGGACAAGUAGGACUUUGGAGCAUAUAAGUGCAAGAAACUACGAUGUUUUGCUCCUACCCGGUGAUCUGUCAUAUGCAGAUACACAGCAACAACUUUGGGACUCUUUCGGACGUUUAGUUGAGCCAUACGCUAGCCAAAGGCCAUGGAUGGUCACUCAAGGAAACCAUGAACAAGAAAUAUUCCCAAUCAUCGACCCAAAAGGGUUCAAAGCCUACAAUUCUAGAUGGCCUAUGCCAUUUAAAGAAAGCGGAUCAGAAUCAAAUUUAUAUUACUCAUUUGAUGUUGCUGGAACUCACAUUAUCAUGUUAGGUUCUUAUGCUGAAUUUAGUACUGAUUCUGAUCAAUAUAAGUGGUUGGCUAAUGAUCUUGCUAAAAUUGAUCGGUCUCAAACACCGUGGGUUAUAGCAAUCAUUCAUGCUCCUUGGUAUAAUUCGAAUUUGGCUCAUCAAGGUGAAGGUGAAAGCAUGAGAGUCGCUAUGGAAGAAAUGCUGUAUGAUUUUCGUGUUGAUGUGGUUUUCGCUGGUCAUGUUCACGCAUAUGAACGCUUUACAAGGGUUUACGAUAAUCGAGCUGAUCCUUGUGCUCCAAUAUACAUAACAAUUGGAGAUGGUGGGAACAGAGAAGGCCUAGCCAUGUUAUACAAGGAACCUAAGCCGUCUAUAUCUAUAUAUCGAGAAGCAAGCUUUGGCCACGGCCGAUUGAGAAUCAUAAAUGAGACACAUGCUCAUUGGUCAUGGAAUCGCAACAACGACACCAUCUCAGUUGUGGCUGAUGGAGUUUGGUUAGAAAGUUUGAGAUCAUCGCCCUCAUGUAACCCGAAAACAACAGCUAACAAUAAGGUGUCAACAUAUGAAAAUGAUGAGCUAUGAUCCUCCUGUAACUACUCUAAUUUCUUUUUUUUCUUUUCU